AUGACACGGUCACACAAGGCGCCCCCAAAAUCCCGUCGUGUCCAAUGCGACAAAACCAAAUCCCGCUGCCAACGAUGCGAGCGCGCCCAUCGCCCCUGUAAGGGAUACGCAGCAGCGUCCAGCCAGCCCCAGGAAGUUCCAUUCAACCGGGCGAUCACAGCGUACAGCAUCCCCUUCAAAGUUCCCGGUAGCCAAGCUGACCGCCAACUGCUCCACUUCUACUGCGGUCAAGCCGCCGAGUCGCUCGCCAGCUUCUCCGAUCCGACCCUGUGGACGCGCAUCAUCCUGCAGCGAUGCCACAUCCAGCCCGUCAUCCGCAAUGCGCUCGUCACCCUGAGUGCGCUCUACCAGGAGUACUACCAUAAUAUUCCCCCGGAAGGAGCAGACGCCGGCACUAGCACUGCUUCGCAACGACAGUCCUCGCUGCGGAGCCUGCAGCUGAUCGCCCGCUCCCACCGGCAGCUGCGCAUCCAUCUCUCGUCCCCACAGGCGUCUUACGAAGUCGUCCUGCUCUGCGGGGUGCUCUUCUACGCCUUUGAAUCGCUGAUCGGAUAG